AACUACUGUACCUUAUCCUCUCCCUCCCAAAUACAACCCCCAAAUUUUUUUCCAUCAAAACAAACACUCUCUUCACACACACAAACACAAACACAAACGCAAACACAACCAAAACUAUUUUCCCAGAAAAUCACAACAUUCCAAAAUGGAGAACAACCAACAACAACAACCACCACCGCCGGCGGCGGCGGCAGUACAGUCGUCGCCGUACCCUCCUCAGGCGCCGUACCACCACCUCCUCCAGCAGCAGCAGCAACAACUCCAGAUGUUCUGGACAUACCAGCGUCAAGAGAUCGAGCAAGUGAACGACUUCAAGAACCACCAGUUACCCUUGGCUCGCAUCAAGAAGAUCAUGAAGGCCGACGAGGAUGUUCGCAUGAUCUCCGCCGAGGCUCCAAUCCUCUUCGCCAAGGCCUGCGAGCUCUUCAUCCUCGAACUCACCAUCCGAUCCUGGCUCCACGCCGAGGAGAACAAGCGCCGUACCCUCCAGAAGAACGACAUCGCCGCCGCCAUCACUCGCACUGACAUUUUCGAUUUCUUGGUCGACAUUGUCCCCAGGGACGAGAUCAAGGACGAGGCCACCGGAAUUGGAAUGGUUGGGCCAACCGCCAGUGGAGUCCCUUACUACUACCCUCCAAUGGGGCAGCCGGCGCCGCCGGGGGUCAUGAUCGGACGCCCGGCGGUGCCCGGUGUUGAUCCGGGGAUGUAUGUGCAGCCGCCGCCGUCGCAGGCGUGGCAGUCGGUGUGGCAGACGGCGACGGACGAUGGGUCGUAUGCCAGCGGAGGGAGCAGUGGGCAGGGGAAUCUUGAUGGCCAAGGUUAAUUGGUUCAAUUGCAGAUGAUAUGAUGCUAAGAGUGGCACAAUGGAAGACUACUUAGCUUGAUCUUCAUGCUCUAUGGAUUUUUUUUUUAGUUUUUUAUUUUCAAUUAUUAUGAAGCAAUGGGCUGCAUGGAACAAGUAGUGAGUCUGUAUUGUUAGAAAUCUAUUAAAACAACUUGAUCAUGUGCAGUACUGAAAUGCUUCUAUGACUCAUCCUAUUAUUAUCUAUGUGCAGUUCUGGAUUUAAAUUCCAUAUCUUUCUAUUA